CUUUAUCAUUUCGAUUAGUUUAAGCACAUUCUUAAAGGCAUUCUAGUCUACUAUCGUAUUUUUUUUUAUUUUAUAAAAUUUGUUCUGAAAUUUUAAAAUGUCAUUUUUGUCAUCCAAACUACUUUACACUAUUAUUUUUGGACUUUUAACAUUUUAUGGUGAACUUCAUGCAAUAUGUGAUACUUGCUCAGAGGCAAGUUAUGCAGCUUGUCUAAAUGUAUCAUCUUAUGCAGUUUGUUUUGAUGGAAAAAGUAUAUCAAAACAAAUUAACCAUUGCCCAAAAAAUACAAUUUGUACUGAUCAACAAGGUAUUUGUCUGCCAAAAGAUGCAACAACAGAACCCGGCUGUCCAUCGUUUGAGUGUGGCGUUUGUACGACUUCGAGUAUUUUUACUUGUCUGUCAGAAAGAAAUUACGGUUAUUGUGAUGCGAAUGGUAAUAUUUUGACAGUUGGUUUAUGUGAAGAAGAUGAAGUUUGUAGUAUUGAUUAUUUCACAACGUCAAAAGCCAUAUGUGGAAAUAAAUGCAAUGCUAAGCCUACGUGUUCCAAUUCUGAAUACACAACUGAAGCUCCAACAACUCCUAGUUAUGAAGACAUAUGUAAAGAAGUCAAGGAAGAUGGUUAUUACGCAAUUGAAGAUAAUCUCCCGUGUUCAAAUAUGUACGUUUACUGCGAAACUGUAAAUGGUAAGAUGACAUCAUUUAGGGGAACAUGCAAAUCUGGCUAUUUUGAUGCAGUGAAACGAACAUGUUCCGUUGAUAAAACAAGUAAAUGUGAUUAAGAAGUAACCUAAGAGCAAAAA